AUGGAGGCCAUUGACCAUGUUGAAAAUGAAUCUAAGAUGCUGAACGGGGAGCUCUAUUAUGCAUUCGUACCAAACCUCAUUGAAAAGCGAAAUAGAUGCCAUUGGGCUUGCAAAAGAUUCAACAAUGCCGCUGAUGCCCCAAGACGAAAGCUGGUAGAGAUGUGGAGAGACAUCAUCAAUGACAAGACUCCUCUUCCUCCAGUGGGAGCCACAGAUGAAGAAGACUCCCUUAUCCUAGGAGAUGAACCAUAUAUUGAUGGCCCAAUCAAUGUAGACUAUGGAAUCAAUCUGAGGAUUGGCAAAGGAGUCUACAUCAACUUUAACUGCGUAUUUCUCGAUACCUGCCUGAUCACGAUAGGAGCUCGUACUCUAAUUGGGCCAGGUUGUUCGUUCUAUGCUGCCACGCAUCCAUUAGACCCUUUCCUUCGCAAUGGUAUUAAUGGCCCGGAACUUGGGGCACCCAUAACAAUUGGAGAAGACUGCUGGUUCGGAGGCGGCGUUACAGUUUGCCCUGGAGUAACUAUCGGUCGAGGUUGUACCAUGGGUGCUGGGAGUGUCGUGACGAAAGAUGUUCCCGAUUUCCAUGUCGUAGCUGGUAAUCCGGCGAAAAUUAUCAAAAAGAUCGAGCCGAAAGAACCAGAUCCAAAUCUCAAGUCCUGA